AUGUUUAGGGUUUUGAGUUUAGGGAAAGCUUCUUUGGAUCCUAGAUUGGCUGAAGAAGAAGAAGACGCUGGAGGAGAUGAUGAGACUUGGAGUAAUGGAGAAGACAUUGCAUUGCUUAAUGCUCUUAAGGCUUUUCCGAAGGAGGCAGCUAUGAGAUGGGAGAAGGUUGCAGCUGUUGUGCCUGGGAAGACGAAGGUGGCUUGUAUGAAGAGAGUUACUGAGCUUAAGAAAGGGUUUAGGAGCUCCAAGUCUGGAGCUAAUUAG